AUGACGACGCAGGAGAGGACGAAGGGGUGGGAAAAGGACUCCAAAAUAAAUGCGGACUACGAGUAUGAGAGAUUGCUAAAGCUGGAGAAUAAGUUCAACAUAAAACCAUGGCUCAGAAAGGGGCAAAAGGAGGGGUACCUCUACAACAUAGUGCCCACCGCUCUGAAUGUGGUUGUGAAGAAUUCGAACAAGUCGCAGAAAAAGACAGGCGUGCACAUGUACUUCGUCUCGGACAACAACAAGACGUGGAGACUGACGCUGUUCUACCGACCGUACUUCUACCUGAAGACGAAGAACAUUCACAACUACGAGGCGGUGACCAAAUACCUAAAGAAGGAGUUGGACAAAUACAACGUCGAAAUAGAUUACGUGAAGAAGGAGGACCUGAGUCUGUAUGAUCACCUAAAUAAAAAAAGGAGUUACCUGAGUAACAUCUUCUUUAAACUCUCCUUCGACACUAUAGAGAAUCUCAUGAGCUCGAGGGAUUUUAUCUCCAGAAUAAUUGAGAGAAACAAGAAGAAUAAGGAGCGCAACAACUCUUCAAAUAACGACAGGCACAUAUUUAACGAGUACGAAUAUGAACUGUCGGAGAGCAAGUUAGAUUUUUCCUACAAGCACGAUGUUUCCUAUACCAAGUAUGAUGAGGCUGGAGAAACUGGCAGGGUGAUGAAAAAUGAGGGUGGAGCUGCGCACAGAGAGGACAAAAGGGACUCCAAAAAAACACACACGUCCAACAACAGCACAGGCGACCGCGAGGGAAGAGCUAAGAAGAACGACGCACAUGUAACGGUGAGCAGCCCAAAGCUAAACAUGAACGAAAUAGUAGUAAACACGAAGAAGCAAAUUUUAAGUAAGGAAGAAAUCCUUCAAGAAAUAACAGAGAUGUACGAAUAUGAUGUGAAGUACACCACCCGAAUAUGCAUAGAUCAAAAUAUCCGAUGUGGACUGUGGUAUAGGAUCACCAGAGACGAAGAUGAAUUGUACACAGAGACGGAGUCAGUCCAUUUCGAAGUAUUAAAUAAGAAGGUCCUAGCCCCCUUAAAUGUGCUCGCCUGGGAUAUCGAGUGCUACAAAGAUGAACUAAAAUUUCCAGAUAAAGAAAAGGACGAAAUUAUCCUCAUAUCAUAUAUGUACAACGCACAGGGGUACCUAAUAGUUAACAGAAAUGUUAUGAGCAAAAAUAUAAGAGAGUUUCUCUACAAGCCAAAUGAAGAAUACUCCGGAGCAGGGACAUUCAAAAUUUUCAAUGAACAGAAUGAAUAUUUCCUUUUAAAACGAUUUUUAGAGCAUAUAAAAAUUUUGAAAAUUCACAUUUUUGUCACAUACAAUGGGGACUUCUUUGACAUUCCGUACCUCUUCCGGAGAUGCGAAAUUAACAACUUGAGUGUACCGAAAGAAAUCGGGUUCAUCAUGAAUAACAACAAACAAGAAUGUGUAUGCAAUUUUAUUCUAAAUAUAGAUGCAUACAAGUGGGUCGAACGGGAUUCUUACUUACCUAAUGGGUCCAGAACACUAAAGAGUGUGUGUAAAAUUAAGCUAAAAUAUAACCCUACAGAGGUGGACCCAGAACUUAUGGUUUCUAUUGCGAGAAAGAACCCACAGCAUUUAGCUGUAUACAGCGUGUCAGAUGCCGUUGCCACAUUUUAUCUGUAUGAUAAAUUUAUCCACAAUUUCUUAUUCGCCUUGUGCUCCAUCAUUCCGAUGAACCCAGACAACGUUCUAAGACAGGGGAGUGGAACCCUAUGUGAACAGCUACUAAUGGCAGAGGCGUAUAAGAAGAAUAUUCUCUUCCCCAACAAGUUCAAGCCCGCGUAUAAUCAAUACUUCACCGAUGUGGAAAAUAAGAAGAAAUAUUUUAUCUAUGAUGAUUCCUUUGUUGGUGGAACUGUGCAGAGUUUGAAAUGUGGGAUCUACAGAGACGAUCUCAAAGAGCACUUCAACUUAGAUGUAGACACGUACAAGUACCUACUGGAGAAUGUUGACAGCAUUAUCGAUUUCUGGGUUCAGAAGGAUCUGAACAAAAACUGCAGCCCUAAUGAUCAGAAAUAUAUUAACAAAAAUCAAAUUAUUAAUUUGAAGCAAAUUAAAAGCGACAUUAUAGACAAGCUAAAUUUCUUCAUCCAGAACCCCAGCAUUAGCAUAUGCCCCAACAUCUACCACCUGGAUGUUGCCGCCAUGUACCCGAACAUCAUCCUAUCGCACCGUUUGCAGCCAAAUGCCAUCAUAACACAGGACCACUGCUUCAACUGCUCCUUCUACAAGCAGCGCCACUUGUGCCAGAAACAGAUGGUGUGGAAGAGGAAGCUAGAGGUUUCCCCCAUAGAUUAUGGCCAUGUUCUAUCUCUCAAGCAGGACCUGAAGACGCGCCUCUUCUACCCCCAGAAGAGCUUCUUCAAGAUGAACAACAAGGAGGAGUCUGACAGCAGCACAAACGACAACUUGUCGGACUUGCCCGUCAGCAAGAAGAAGUCCUGGAACGAGCUUACCGAAAAGCAGCAACACGACGAACUGAUGAAAGUGAUAAAGGAAUGCUCACAGAGGGUGUUCAAAAAGACAAAGGUCGCCAAGGAAGUAGACGCCGCGAGUUUGGUGUGCCAGAGGGAAAACCCCUUUUACGUGGACACGGUGAGGACCUUCCGUGACAGGAGAUACGUUUACAAGAAGGGGCUCAAAGAAUGCGAACAUGAAAAAAAAGAACUACUAAAGGCGAACAAAAUAGACUACAUAAAGAUUCAAGAGUUGGACGAUAAGAUUUUGCUAAACGAUUCGUUACAGUUAGCGCACAAGUGCAUACUGAACAGCUUUUACGGGUAUGUAAAGCGAAAAAGCAGUCGCUGGUACUCAGAUCAAAUGGGAGCCAUCGUGACUUACACAGGGUCGCAAAUAAUAAACGGUGCUUUUAAUCUUAUCAACAAAAUUGGAAUACCUGUAGAGCUGGACACCGAUGGAAUCUGGUGCAUGCUGCCAAAAAAAUUCCCAGAAAUAUAUGACGUGUACAUAGUGGAGAGAAGCGCUCUGAACAAAAUGAAAGAGUAUGAAGACAAAACGGAGGAAGAACUAAAAAAUGACUCAAGUGUGAAGAAAGUAGAAUUUGAAUUCCCCACCAAUAUAUUAAAUUUCGAGAUGCACAAAAAAUGGACGAACGACCAGUAUCUAAUUUAUAACGAAAGCACAGACGAUUACGAAUGCAUUAGCAAAAAUGAAAUUUUCUUUGAGUUGGAUGGUCCCUGGCAUGGUAUGUUCCUACCAGCAUCGGAAAAGUCGGAUGACCUGUUAAAAAAAAGAUAUGUCGUCUUUAAUGACAAAUAUAAAAUUAGCGAACUCAAAGGAUUCGAAAUUAAAAGAAGAGGAGAGCUAAGAAUUAUACAGAAAUUCCAAAGCGAAAUUUUUAAUCACUUCUUAAAGGGGAAGACAAAGGAAGAGUCAUAUUACUAUGCCUCCCUAACUGCAAACAAGUGGAAAAAUUUAAUAGAUAGUAAAGCGGUGGACAUAGAUAAUGAUGAUGAAUUGUUUGACCUCAUUUUAGCGAAGAAGGUGCUGAACAAAUCCGUGAAGGAACAACCGAAUGCUAAAAGUUUUGGCAUUACGACUGCUAAGCGGUUAAGUGAACUUCUCUGCAAUACAAGUUACGUGGAAGACAAUAAUGUCUCUACCCAAUUCAUCGUUGCGUCCAAGCCUAUAGGAUCCGACAUCACCUUUAGGGCGAUCCCCAUUCAGAUAUUUAAAACUAACGUGGAAACGCAAAUUCACUAUUUGGGAAAAUGGCUAGGUGUUAAGUUCCCUCCUGACGUCCCUGUGAAUGUAAGGGAUAUCAUUGACUGGGAUUAUUACAAGCAAAAAUUAGAAGUCCAAAUUUUGAAGUUAGUCAUUAUUCCCGCGAUUAAACAAAAUAUUAAUAACCCAAUCACGUCCAUUUCUGUGCCCGAGUGGCUCAAAAAGCAAAUUAACAUUUCAGAGGGAAAACAGAAAAAAAUCACCGCCUUCUUUGUUAAAAAGACCGUUAAGAAGGAGUGCACUUCGAAUGAUCAAUCUGACAGUAGUACCCCCUUAAAGGGAGAAAUGGACGACGAGGAAAAGGACAGGAAAAAGGUAGACGAGCCUAGCUUGCGCUCCUUGGAGAAGAAGAGUCCAUUCCCAGUGGAGGCCGCCUGCAGUGCGAUGAACGUUUCAGCUGAUACAUUGCACAACGGUACUACCCCCCCCGCCGGUGCGAAAAAACGCUCGCUCGAGCAGUGCCUUCUGGAAAACUUCAUCUCAAAGCGGAAGAAGCUGGGUCAACUGCACGAUAACACCUUGGCUAGCCUCACGCACAGCAACUCUGGUUCCAUAGUCUACAAAAAAGUGAACUCAUUGGACACCUACCUGGAUCACAGCAACAACGUUAUUAUUAUUAACCACGAAAAAAUCAACAUCAACAAUUUGAAGUACACGGAGCUGUUCGAAAUGUUCCAAACGGAUUUCCAAAAGUGGAUCCAAAUUAAUAAUCGAAUAUGGAAAAAUAAUCGAAGUCAAAUUAAGAAAAUCCGAAAUGAGGACCGAUGUAAGAGGAAGAAGUAUUCCCUGGGGGGUGACGAAGAAGACGAUAAAGCAAGGAAAAGGACUGGCACCAAUUCUUUAUCCUACCCUGCUGAUAUGGAUGAUGAAAAAACGAAUUCCCAAAAAUUGUCCAGCCUGGAACCGAAAUAUUUGCAUCCCAUUCAGAACGCUAUGGAUAUUGUGUACCUGUACAAAAAGGUGAAAAGGAAGAAGAAAGUAGUAGCCCCCCCGCCAAAAAAAGGAAAGCACAGUGGCACCACCCCCUCCACGGCCGCUGGCAACAGUUCGAAUGGGCCUAUGAAUAACCACACAAAGAACGAAAAACAGACAUUGCUAAAACCAUAUUUGGAAUACUUCAAACAUGAAACCGAAUCAGAUUCUUCAGACGACGAGGGUGACAUAUUUAACGACACGAAAAUGAUUGACGAGAAUGAAGACGACGGAAUAUACUACGCAAUUGUGUCCUUAAAAAAUAUGAACAAAUUUUACAAAAUAAAAAUUCAAAUAUAUAGACAUAUUUACAUCAAUAAUUAUGAUCCCCUGAACAUAAAAAGUAACAAGAAGAUUACCAUCAAAUUAGUUUCUUCAUCCGGAUCGUCCAACUCGCCGAGCAGUGAGAAUUUCAUGUUUCACUCCAACGCAUUCGCACCCUGUUUUUUGCCCAGAAAUGUGAAAAUAUUUAAUUUAUACGAGUUCAUUAUGACGGAGAGGUACUUCAACAGAUACGUAGUAAACACACUGAAUGCUAACUACCACGAAAGUAUCGUCUCUGUGUACGAGACGAAGAUUCCACUUUACUUUGAUUUCCUGAGCAGAUAUGGGAAUUCAGUCGAAAUCGCCUCGAAUAAUUACAACUCCAUUUUUGAUGAAGACAAAUGCUUCAAAUCGCACUGCUUCUCCAAGGUCGAGAAGAACAAAUUGAAAAAUGUGUCUCAUGAUUACCUGGAUGAUGUGCAUUUUAUAUAUAUCCACAUUUUCCACACGUUGGUGGAUAGCGUGUGCAACCGCAUCUUCGUCGGAGUAUACGACCAGUUCGAAGAGAACGCGGAUGAGCAGCUAUUCGGCUGUAAGCUCAUGUUUAGCGGCGUUGGCACGGAGAGCAGCAUCGGCAGGGAGAGCGGCAUCGACAGGGACAGCGGCUCCUUCUUCGACCCAUACGAGAUCUUCCUCAAGUUUGUGCACCUGGAGGGUGGUAUCGGCAUGAACAACGCGGUGGAUGGUGCCCCCCAAAGAGGGGAACCCGCCCGAAACCAAGCGCGAGAGCACCUCCUCGACAGAGACUUUUUUAUCAAAAACGUGCAGAGAGACUUCCUAUUCCUGUACCAUUACCGAAAGUUCGAAACCUAUUUUGAAGACAACGCCAAUGUAUACAAGGUGUUGGAGCACUUGGAUGUGUAUUUGAAUAAAUAUCGAAGUAACAUUCUGACAGGAAAGAAGAAAUACAUCUUCUAUGUCUCGUCAACCAUAGAUAAGAAUAAACUGGGAUGGUGGAGCACGAAUAAAUAUUUCCCUUGCUACUUUCACAAGUUUGAAAAUGUUGCAAAGUAUCAGAACGUCAGCCGAAUGAAUUACAAAAAAGAUGCAUUCAAUUUAUCGCUACAACUGUUUUAUGAGAAUUACCACAAAGUGGAAGAAGAUUUGAAUUUCUCAAGAAUAUCGAAUAUACCUCUCUUCAACCUGCUAAAUGUUAGCAGAAAAAACCAGAAGCAUAAAUUCAUAUAUGACACGCUGUACGCAUCGUUUCUGAAAAGAUACAAGGGGAUCCUAUGGCUAUCCUACUUUGGCCACUACGAUUUGGGAAUUCCCUGCUUAAAUAUAAACAACUUUUGUGACUACGAUUUGGUGCAGAAGAACAGUGACAUAAUAAACGAAGGAAUUUACAGGGGGUAUAUAGUCCACUUAUUUUUUAAUGAGUCUCUCAUUUUUAACAGCGUUAGGCUUUUCACCAAGUAUGCUAAUGUGAAAGCCCCCACUGAGUACUACAACCCCUCGGUUACUGGCAGGAAUGCCCAGUUUAAGAAAGGAGACCAGACAAGAGGGGGAGGCACUGAACAUGACGCUGCGGCGAAGAGGCACCACCGGACGAAGUAUGGCAAACAUGAUGACGACAAUGAGGAUGGAUUGGACGAGGACGACCUGUCCACAACGGACGACAAUUAUAACAAUCUGGGCGGAAUUGCGCACCGGAAAGGAAAAAAGGGCAUCGCGCAACAUAAAAUGGGUGAUGGUACGAAUAGACACGAUCGCCACAACAGCGACAAGAACGGAGAAGACGACAUGGAAGCAGAGGACGAGGGGGACGACCUGUUCGACUUGAGCGAAAAGAAAAACAUAAUCAAAAAUAAAUAUGACAUAAAUACCAUCGUGGAACAGAACUCACAUGUCUCGCAAUUCAGUAACCAUGCAUUCAAAUUAUUGGGGCAGUCAUUAGAGUACCUCAUAUCGAAGAUCUCCUCCCUGUCCAUGUUAAUAACAAAUAAGACGUUCGAAAGUAUCUCCGACAUCUUCACGUCCUUCUACUCGUGGGUCUCCAAUAAUUCCAGCCUUCUCUACGAUGUCGCAUUAUACAACAAAGUGUUAGAGUGCACAGAAAUUUACCAGAACAAUUUAAUCAACAUAAUGAAGAAGAAAUUUAAUGCCAACAUAAUUUUUGCAGACUUGAGAAAUUUCGUCAUCUCCUUUAAUGAAUUUUCAGUCAUUUCGGGCAGAAACAUUUUAAAAGGCCUAAUAAAGUACUUCUCCCACAGCGACUCCAUAUAUGCCAAUGUGCCUUUUUAUAUUAAACACGAAUACAUUGCAGCUUGCCAAUUUGAUAAGUAUAAUUUUAUAAGGUACAAGGAAUAUUCCAAUCCGAAUGAAGAAAACACGGACGAAAAUUUAAAGAUAAUUGAAUAUCUUCCCCCCAUUUGUGAAUCCUUCCUGAGGUAUGUCCUCGAUGUGAUCACCUUGAACCCUCUGCAAGACAUAAUCACGCUGUAUGAUAAUUGGGAUCCUCACUGUGGCAAACAACUGGAAGGAGGAGCGAUCACCUUGUCUUCACCGGGAAAGCCAAUCCCAGUGGAUGAACAAAAUGAAAACAAAACCGGAGAUCAGGAAGAACCAAACAAGAAAGACGAAAAGAACUACUUCAAUAUGGUCCUCAAAAGUGACAAAUUAACGGACAAGAUAAGCCUAACACAAAGAGCACAACUCAAAUAUAUUUAUGAUAAAUCAUUUGACGAUUUGGAAGAAGUGUGCGAAAGUUUUGCUCUCAUCAACGAAAAUGUAGACGUGCUGUCAUACAAGAUAGAAGAGAAGCUAAAAGAUCUGUGGUUCAUGCCUGGACAUAUUUAUAAAAAAAUUAAAAAAUCGAUCAAGUAUAAAAAAUAUUUAGUGGAAAAUUACUGGCCAUAUGAUGACGAAAUGGAUGAAAUGGACGAAAGUAACAUGAACAUGGUGCCAUUUUUAUUUCCGAAAACUUUGGGAAAUCUUGCCAAAAGAGAAAAUAACUGGAGACUAGAAAUUGUCAAAUUCUGCAUAUUUCUCAUGCAAAAUGAUAAGCUGCUAAACCUAGAGAAUGAAAACUCCAAUGAAGCAUUCCACGAAAAAAGACAUGAGCUUUUCGAAAUUGUGGGGGACAGUGAAUACAACAGGAAAAAUUCCCUCUGGAAAAGUCCGUGCCAAGAAUUAAUUUUAAAAGAUAUCUUCUGUGAAAAUUGCUCAUCAAUGUACCACAUGAAUGUUGUUACCAGUUUGGUCGAGGCAGAAAUCAACGGAAAACCCUCCUUCAUUUGGUUGUGCAAAAACUGCAAUUCCAAAUAUGACAAUGAUUUUAUUGAACUAAAGAUUUUGUCGCUGCUGCAGGAGACCUUUGAUGCGUAUAAUGCCCAAGACCUCGUAUGCAGCAACUGCAACGCCGUCAAGUCCUUCUACCGCAGGUCAAUUUGCAAAUGCGGGCAAACCUUUACGCCCCGUUUGGAUAUAACCAACUGGAUCCGAACCCUGGAAAUUAUGGAAAAUUUAGCCACCAUGCUGAACAUGCCUAUAUUGCUAGACGUUUUGAACUCGAUGAAAACGUACCUUGUGUAA